AUGACGUGGACUGAAGAGUUGGAUGAAGCCUCUAUCCUUGCCACGAAAAAGGGCGUCUGGCAUAUUCUGCUGUUUUACUUGUUAUGUGGUCUUGCGUCUAUUCCGACAUCAUUCCUGGUCUUUUCACAGGUCUUCACCAACGCAAUCCCGGAACACUGGUGUGCACCACCCCCAGAACUUGCCGAGUGGAAGCUUCCACGCGGUGAACUCCAAAACCUGACAAUACCAAUAGACAAGGGGACGUAUGAAACCUGUAGAAUUUACUCGAUCGAUUUAGACGUUUUCUAUGAUUCUCUCAACAAUAAUUAUAAUAAUAGAUCUGAUGUACUAGAUAUUACGUUUAAUAAAGAUACAGCAGUAAAUUCAUCGAAUAAUGAAGAAAAGAGACAACAGAUACAAAGAGUUCGAGAUGCAAUACUAUCUGCAAGAAAAGAACUUAUUGCCUGUCGAAACGGUUGGGAAUUUAACACGGAGCAUUACACACGCACUUUAGUGACUGAGUUUUCUCUAGUUUGUGAUAAAGAUUGGCUACCAAGAACCAGCAACACUUUGUUUUGGUUUGGAUCCAUUUUUGGCAACUUAUUUUUUGGAUGGAUGUCUGAUAGAUAUGGUCGUCGCCCAACAAUUCUUCUGAUGAUCGUUCUUGAAGUACCGUUAUCUAUUGCUGCUGCAUUUCCAUGGAACUAUUGGGUGUACAUUGCCCUAAGAGUUGCUGGUGGCUUAUUUUUCCCAGCUUUAUAUCAACUUCCUUUUAUUCUCGCUUUGGAACUGAUGCCACCAUCCAGAAGAACUUAUACUGGUAUCGUAGUUGGCAUGAUGUUCGCGAGUGGAAUGUGUUUAUUAGCACUCCUCGCAUAUCUGUUUCGAGACUGGUUUUAUCUCUCACUAGCUACAAGUCUACCCUUUAUUUUAUUAUUUGGAUAUUACUGGUUGAUUCCAGAGUCACCGCGUUGGUUAGUAGGGCGUGGACGAAUAGCUGAUGCUGAAAAAGUAUUUAGAAAUCUUGCAAAGAAAAAUGGAAUUAAGCUGGAAUAUGGAUUUCUAUUAGAAUUACACAAAAAAAUAAAAUCUGAAGGUACUGAAAUUGAAGUGGCAAUACUUCCAAAUAUAAAUGGUCAUAUUCCUUUCCAAGAACGAGAAGAAUAUAUAGAUAGAAGAAUAAGCAAUAUGCUAUCUUUUAAAUCAGAAUUUAACAAAAUAAAUGAAAGUGACACUGAUAGUAAAGAAAGUCUAGAUAGAAUAAAUACUUUAGAUUUAAACGUUAUAAAAUCAAAAGCUCGUAAAGAUAUAGAAGAAAGAGAAGACACGAGGCUAAAUCAAGAAGAAUUGUUAAAUCCUGAAUUUCAUCAAAAAACAAUGCCAACAGAAAUAACAUCACCAAUGCACACAUUAAGAAGAAAAUCUAUUCAAUUGGUACAUAGGAUUCUUCUUAAAGAAGAAGAUGAAGAUGUAUUAGAAAAGAAAAGAAUGGAUGAUCAGAAUUCAGAAGGAGAUUGUAAAGCAUCCCCACUCGAUAUAUUCAGAUAUCCGAAUAUAAGAAAAAAGUUUUUUAUUCUCACUUUUAAUUGGGUAGCUAUUGGCGUUGUUUACAAUAGCUUAAGUUAUAACACGCCCAAUUUAGGUGUUGAUGAUUAUUUGGCGUUUUUUAUUGGAGGUGCAGUGGAACUACCCUCGUAUUUUAUCGCAUGGCAAUGCAUGGAGCGAUACGGACGACGUUGGGUGUUGUGUGUCUUCAUGUGUGUUGGAGGCUUGGCGUGUCUCAGCUGUGUUCUAGUACCAGAAGCAUGGCCGUGGAUAACAGUAUCUCUAGCGAUGCUAGGCAGAUUAUGUGCUGCAGCAUCCUUCGCGGUGUUCUACGUACAGAUUGGAGAGCUACUUCCUACGGUGGUACGGUCUCAGGCGAUGGGCGCUUCAUCCUUUAUAGCUGGCCUUGGGUUACUAACUUGCCCAUAUAUAGUGUCUUUGGCGAUGUAUUCAAGAGUGUUACCCCUAAUCAUCAUGGGGGUGUUGAGUGUAGUCGCUGGGAUAACAUCCCUCUUCUUACCAGAAACCUUAAACCAACCCCUCCCUCAAACUCUGGGCGACGGAGAAAUAUUUGGCAGAAAUUUUAAAGUUCUAAGUUGUGUAACUAGA